AUGGGCCUGAGGACGGGGCGGGGCCGUGCCUGCUCGACGCUGUACCAUCGUCACCCGCCAGUCGUGUUCCGCGUCGAGGCCGUCUUCAACGCCUUCGCCCAGCCCGACUCGACUGCCGCCUCGGGCGUCUCGAGCCCCGCUCCGAGACCCGCCAGCCGACAACAGAUGCCGGUGUCCGGGCAACCGCGACGCCCUCCCCGCCACUCCUCUUCGCUGGUCGACCUCGGCCCGCGCCCUGCGGCCUCGGCCGGCUCCGGCGCGACUCGAGCCCAGAGUGGCCAGGACACGGACGAGCCUCCGGUCGAGGCGUGGAUUGGCGCGUCGCGCGCCCCCGCCUGGCUCAGCCUGCGCGAGGCUCUCCACCUCGGCUUGCUCGACCCCGCAACCGGGGCUCUGGCCGUCGUCGAGCCGCUCGCGCGCUCGGCCUCGAACCGGCCCGUCGUCUGGCGACUGCCGUUUCUGCGCGGCCUCGAGCAGGGCCUCGUGCGCGCCGUCCGCACGCCGCACGGACGGCUCGACUGGCUGCCUCCGGAGCACUGCCUCUUCCUCGAGGCGCCGGACCGCCGCUCCCUCCAGUCCGCUCGCGCCGCCUCCGGCUGUCUCGUCGUCACGGCGACCAAGUCGCGCAAUCCGCCGCCGCUGCCGCCGCCGAAGAAGCCCAAUCUCUGCGAUCUCACGCUCCGCCUGCACCAGUCCUCUCCGUGCACCCCCUCGCCUCUCGACACUCCGUUGCUCAGGCCUUCACAAGCGCACACGCUCCACUCGUCACACGCUUCGGUCGACUCCAACCAUGCCAACGUGUAG